CAUCUACAUUAAUCUCGUUUGUUACGAGAAAUGAUUAAACUUCCCUCCAUCUAAACAAUUUGGAAAAAAAGACUAAGAGGAUUAAAUAUAAAUGGAUCUCUAAAAUGACUGGAGAUGAACUAAACAAACAGGGAUAGAGUCCAUGGAAUCUAAAAUGAUGGACUGUUCCUGUAUGGAACUAGCCCUGGAGGGAGAGCGGCUAUGUAAGGCUGGAGACUGUCAAACAGGUGUCCAGUUUUUCGAAGCAGCCGUCCAGGCAGGAACAGAUGAUCUGAAAACUCUCAGUGCCAUAUACAGUCAGCUUGGCAAUGCUUAUUUCUACCUCCAGGAGUAUGGCAAGGCACUGGAUUACCACAAAUUAGAUCUCACUUUGGCCAGAACCUUAGGAGAUAUGAUUGGUGAAGCCAAAGCCAGUGGCAAUUUAGGCAACACGCUCAAAGUUCUACAAAAGUUUGAUGAAGCUAUUGCCUGCUGCAACAGGCACUUAGAAAUAUCCAGACAGCUUUCAGAUAAGGUAGGAGAAGCAAGGGCUUUGUACAACCUUGGUAAUGUUUAUCAUGCAAAAGGCAAACAUAUGGGGAAGUGUGGAGACCAGGAUCCAGGGGAAUUUCCUCUAGAGGUCAAGGAAGCCUUACAAAAAGCUGCUGAAUACUAUGAAGAAAACCUGCGAUUAGUUAAAGAACUUAGUGAUAAAGCUGCUCAAGGUCGAGCGUGUGGUAACCUUGGUAACACACAUUACCUGCUGGGAAACUUUAAAUUAGCAAUCCGUUACCAUGAAGAAAGAUUGUCCAUUGCUAAAGAGUUUGGAGACAAGUCUGCAGAGAGAAGGGCUUACAGUAAUUUAGGAAAUGCUCACAUAUUUCUCAAUGAAUUUGAGACUGCCUGCGAUGAUUAUAGGAAAUCCUUACAGAUAGCCAAACAAUUAGGAGACAAAGCUUUAGAAGCCCAAGCUUGUUACAGUUUAGGCAAUACUUAUACAUUACUAAGAGACUAUGAAAAAGCUAUUGAAUAUCAUUUAAGACAUUUAGAAAUAGCACGCGAGUUAGAGGAUAGAGUAGGAGAAGGUCGUGCAUGCUGGAGUCUAGGAAAUGCACACAAGGCAUUGGGGCACCAUGAAGAGGCAUUACCAUAUGCAAAUAAACACUUACAGAUAUCAAGAGAGAUAGGAGAUGAAACUGGACAGUUAACAGCAGAGAUGAAUUUAGUUGAUUUACAAACAGCUUUAGGUAUCACAGAUUUACAUGAUAUCAAACUACAAACCAAAGACGAAACAGAUUUACCCCUGUCAAGAAGGCCAUUUAGACGACACAGUAUGGAAAAUAUGGAAUUGAUGAAAUUGACUCCAGACAAGAAGGCAGAGUUAAUGAAUGGUGGAGCAAGACCAAAAGUCCCUAAAUUUCAGAAGGCUGCAAGUGUAGCCACUGAGUCAGAUUUGUCACUUAACAACAGAAAUAAAGAGAAACUACAGUCAAUACAACAAGUAUCUUUUGAUGAUGAAAGUUUCUUUGAUUUGUUGUCAAAAUUCCAAAGCAGACGACUCGAUGACCAACGAUGUUCAAUCCAAGUAGAACCUGUUACGCCGAGAACCGGAACAGAUAACAGUAAACGUGUAACAGUGUCCUCACCUGGUGCUCAAGAGUUUUUAGAUAUGGUAGCUGGGAUCCAGAGUUCUCGAAUGGACGAUCAGCGAGCAGAUUUACGAUUCCCAGGAUUAAAUUCUCAGGAUGUGAUUGAUCAAAUUCUACAACAGAAAGAAGAAAAUGUCCCUGAUGAUAACUUCUUUGAAAUGUUAAUGCGAUGUCAGGGAACCAGAAUGGAGGAUCAAAGAAGCUCAAUCCCUGUUUCAAGGCCAGCUCCUACAGUACCAGAUGAAGACUUUUUCAGUUUAAUACAGAAAGUACAAUCCAGCAGAUUAGACGAACAAAGGACUCAAGCACCAAAACAACCUCCUGAUCCAGGGAAGAAAAAUCGAAAGAAAUAAUUUAUUUUUAUAUAAUUUGUUAUCAUCUUUUCAUUUGUUUUUGUUGAUUUCAUCUUUGAAAAUGUAUCAUUGUAACUUUGAUAUACUUCAAGGUUCCUUUAACGAAGGUGGUAUUCAGUGCUAGAAAUAAUCAUGUUUCAUUGUUAUAAUGUUGUUUCAAAUAUCUUUAAAAGUAAACAAAGGCCUUAUCAAGUGCUAGGAAUAUGUAACAUUAUAUCAAGGACCUUUAUAAAUUUCUUGGUCCUCUUAAAAUAAACAAUGGCCGUAUCAAGGGCUAGCAUUUAAUAAGACCAACAUGACACAUAGACACACCUACACACGUGCAGUGUUGUAGCUAAUUCCUGGUCACAAAAAGUUAUUUUACAUUAAAAUAUGCUGUUCACCAAUUACCAAAAAAUGAAAAAUAAAAAUAGGACCCUAGGAAUGAUUCCUUAGUUUUACAUGGUUACAUUUUUAAACUGAGAUGACUUUACAUAGUCUGAGUAAUUAAGUUCAAUUGUAAACCUGACAUUACUUUCCUAAUUAAAUGCUAGCAGUAAGGUUAUAAUACUACAACAACCGGAAGAAACCUAUCAAUUCUGUUUUCUGUGUUUUAGAUUGUUAGUGCUAUCUGCUUCAGGGUAUAUUAAAGUUCUGUCUCAUUAAGUAAUAUGUAAAACUUACAUUUUUUGUGUUUCAAGAAAAAUAACAAAGAACAUUUACAAACUCAUGAAGAGUAAAGUAUCUUUUGAAGAUAAUUUUUAACUUUGACAUUUUAUUCUGAAUUGUAUAAGAAGUGGACAUUUUGUUUGUAAAAUAAGUUGUAACGUUGAGUAACUUGACAUCUUGUGAUUGGGUAAAAAAAAAACAGUUUCCUGCUUUGAUAUCUAAUCUAGAAAGUUAUUUGCUGCUUUUGCUUUUAAAAGUUAGAUGUGUUUGUUAGGAGAUAUACUGAAUGUUUUGGGUUAUCAGAUGAGGGGUUUAAAACACAAGAGGUCCUAACACAUACUUACCCCUGUCAUCUGUGUACCUAAUCAGAACAUCAAUUGUUUUGAAUCAGUAUGCAUGUGUCUGAAUUAUCUUUACUUUUCUGAAUUCCUUUUUAAAAAUAUUUCGUCUAAUGUUUGAGACUAAUAAGGGUCAGGUCAACCCCUCUCAUUGGGGAUAUCCCCCAUAAAGGGGGAAAUGUGCCAGAUCUGACAAUAUAUUUCUACACAAAUAAAAGUUCUACAAAUAAGGAUUGAAUCUCACAAAUAUAUAUUUUCUUUAUAUACAUUUCCUUUCUCAAUUUUAUGUAUGUAACAGGAUUUUUGUUCAAUAAAUGUCUUUCUUUUUCUUAUGUUUUAAUAAGAAAGUGAUUGAUAAGUUAUUAUAUAAAUCUCUGCAACUCUCUACAAGGUAAUUUAUAGUUGUUUUGCUAAAUCACAAGAUACAGAAAUGAAAAACAUUUGUUUAAAUUAGCACUAAAACUGCAUGGUAAAUUAUGUUUGGAUGUUUUAUGUUGACUUGUUUAUUUUAUAACAUUCAUUUUCACAGUUUGUAUAUUUUCACAUGUAUUAAAUGUUAAAUCAGUCACAAAAUAUUUUAUUUAGUCUUCAUGGAAACACAUAUGAAACUAGUAAAAAUGGGUUUUAGUUCAUACUGAUCAGGAUGUUGACAAUCAUUGUACAUUAAGCAAUAAUAAAAAGUUAAUUGUUUGUUAAAACAGAGCUGAACUUGGCAUUAGAUAAUAAAUGGUGGAAUAAAAUCACACACUAAUGACAAUACGUCAGUUAUGACAGGCACAAAAAUAAAAUAUCUGCUGCAUGGUUUUUUUUCCUGUAUAUAUAAAUACAGAUAAUGAUUUAAAAUAAUUGAGGAAGAUGUUAAAACAAAAUAGAUGUCUCUUCACUCCAUUGAUAAAAAAAAAGAGGGAUCAAAUCAAAUAAGAUAAUAAAAAUACAUUCUCAAAAAGUGAUUAAUCUGAACUUUUAUAUAAGGAUGAACAAUAUAUUUUUUACACUUAAAAUAAAUUACAUUGUUGUCUUUUGAUUACCUUAAGAACAUUGUCAUAAUUGGCCGUUCAGAAUCUAAAGAAUCAUGGGUAAUUUCAUUGUUCAUACCCCAAAAUGAAAACAACGUUCUGUCAUUGGUUGAAUUUUCAUUGUUUAGAACGUUUUAAUCCAAUCACAACGCUUUGGUGUACGCUUAAUACACAUAAAAAAAUAUUACCUAGAAUGUAUUAGAUUCUGAAACGGCGAAUUGAAUACUUAUAUUGACCAUCUCUUACAUGGUAAUUUUUAAACCUCAGAAAUUAUAAUGUAAGGGCUGUUUCAUUAAAAUACAUGAUACCCAGGGAAGACACUAUGAAAAUGGGGUCGAAAAUAAAAGAGGCAAUUUUAUAUUUCACCUAUAUUUUUAAUACCUGGUAUACAGAAAGUAUUUGACAUCUACCUAUAAAUGAAAACUCUAAGGACUUUUCUGGAUUGCAUGCAUGAUUUUAUGGAACAGCCUUGGGCCUCUUCUUUUUUUAAUAGUAUACGCUCAUCUUUGAAUUUUUAAAUGUCAUAUGUAAACAUGUAAUGAUUGAAGAUUAGAAAAUAAUAAUUUAUUGUUAUCAACAUUCCAGGAAAGGAGUAAUACUUAAUAAAACUUUGUGUUCAGUACUUAACGUGUAUUAAUCAUGUAAAACAAUCUAUCAGUCAAAAGUUCAUCAUGUUAUGUGCAAUAUUCAGUAGAAAUUUUUAUGAAUUGUAAAUAUGUUUUUCCUGCUUUUUGUGCUAAGUAAGUAAAACAAAAUAGAAAUUUUAGUGUUUUAUUGAAUGAUGACUUCCAAGUUAAUUUAUUAGAGAUCUGUUUGCAUACUCCCUUUUCUCUUUAUAUCUAGAUUGAUUGAUUAUUCUUUGAAUUCUGGCCAGAAAGAGAAUUAAAAAAUAUACUAUUUUGUGUCUAAGCAAUAAAAUUCAUGUACCCUGCAAAUAGUGUAAACAAUAAAAUGAACCAUAUCUCCUUUCUAAUUUUGGUUAUCAUUGAUGGUUUUGUUGUACUGUUUACCAUGUUUGUUUGAUAACAAACCAGUCAUUUGGUCUGACGAAUUGUCAUCUCAUUGCCCAUUAUAACAGGUUUUAUUGUUUAAUUUUGAGACUACACUUGUGCUCAGUUCUGUGCAUGGAUCCCUUCAUCAAAUUAAGUUUGUAACUAGGCUUGGGACACCAUGCACUAGGACUUUUUUUUUAUCAGAAUAUUUGGCAUGAUUAGUAAUAUUUGCCAUGAUCAUAAAAGGCAGUAUUGAAAAGGAUGACUGGUUCUUAAUCUAUCCUAGCAAAUACAAUUUAAAACAAGGGACCAGUUUAUUAACAGCAGGACCUCAGUUAACUUGGAACUAUUAGAUUUUUGUAGCAUGUUGAGCAGAGAGAAUUAAAAAGAAUUAAAUUUUUAUGUCUGUGCACUCAAAGGAAUAAAGAAAUGAUAUAAGAUGUAGUUAUAUUUGUUUAUUUAUCCUUCUGAUUGGAAGGAUAUUGUAAAACUAAGAAUUGUUUCAUUGUUAUAGUAGAAGAACAUGAUGUAAACAAACUACAUAAAAAUGUAAAACAUUAA